CCUAACUCUUCCUUGUCUUGGCUUCCUCUUCCUCCAUCUUCCUGGGCACCAAUCCGAGUAUUAAACAUUUUUCUCAUACCAAAUUGAAUGAAAAACAGAGUAAAAAUGGGUGAUUUGUCGAACCAAAAAUAUACACUGGAUGAGGCGCUUGAUGCCGUUGGAUUCGGUAAAUUUCAAGGACUGGUGCUGGUUUAUGCAGGAUUGGGUUCUUUCUCUGAAGCUAUGGAGAUGAUGAUUCUGUCUUUUGUUGGGCCUGCUGUUAAUGCUCAGUGGGCGCUCUCUUCUUCCCAAGAAAGCUUACUCACCAGUGCUGUUUUUGCUGGUAUGCUCCUUGGUGCUUAUUCCUGGGGUCUUAUUUCCGAUAAUUAUGGAAGAAGGAAGGCUAUCCUAGGCUCAACUAUUCUAACUUGUGGAGCAGGAUUGUUAAGUACCUUUUCCCCUAAUUAUACAUCAUUGAUGAUUUUUCGAUGUUUGGUUGGUAUUGGUCUUGGUGGCGGACCGGUAUUCCUCUGCUGGUUUCUGGAGUUUGUUCCUGCUUCAAAUAGAGGCAAGUGGAUGGUUGUCCACUCAAUUUUCUGGACAUUGGGAACCAUUUUUGAGGCUGCGCUCGCUUGGAUUGUUAUGCCAAGAUUAAGUUGGAGGUGGCUACUUGCAGUUUCUUCUCUGCCUUCAAUGACUCUGCUUCUCUCUUAUUAUCUUGUUCCAGAAUCUCCUAGGUAUCUAUGCACAAAAGGUAGAUUUUCUGAUGCGCAUAGAAUUCUGGAGAAAAUGGCUGUAACAAAUGAGGCAAAGCUACCGACAGGGAUGCUUGUUUCUGAUAAUACAACUGAAGCGGAUGAAGAAUCCUCCUCCUCAAGCCAUAAGCCUUUGCUGUCUUCGGCAACAAAAGAAGUGUUAAAUUUAAAAUCAACCUUCUCAUCAUUUUUUGUGCUUUUCUCACCAAAAUUAAUUAAAACAACAUUUCUCUUGUGGGUGUUAUUCUUUGGAAAUUCAUUCUUAUAUUAUGGUAUCAUAUUGCUCACUUCGGAGUUAAGUGGUGGACGCAGCAAAUGUCGUUCAGCUACAUUGCUCUUGGAAAAUCAUCAGGAUGAUAGCCUGUACAUAGAUGUAUUUAUCACUAGUUUGGCAGAGCUUCCUGGGAUCCUUUUGUGUGCAAUUAUCGUAGAUAGAAUGGGGCGCAAGCUUUCCUUGAUAUUCUUGUUGGUUGUGGCUAGUUUUUUCCUUUUUCCACUUGUUUCCCACCAGGCUGUAAUUUCGACAACAACAUUCUUAUUUGGUGCCCGCAUGUGUGCCAUAGGAUCGUUCACAGUUGCAUGUAUAUAUUGCCCGGAGCUAUACCCUACGUCGGUGAGGACGACUGGUACCGGAGUUGCAAGCGCGGUGGGUAGGAUCGGUGGGAUGAUUUGCCCUCUCGUAGCGGUAGGACUGGUGAGUGGGUGCCAUGUUGAGGAGGCAAUAAUUCUGUUUGAGGCAGUAAUAGCUGUUUCAAUAGUUUGUGUUGUGUUCUUCCCAUUUGAAACCAAGGGAUGUGAAUUGAGUGAUAAUGUUGCUGCAUUUGAUCCCAAGCAUAAUAUUUUUGUCAGGUAAUGAAGUUUGAUUCACAAAUGUAUGUCCAAACAUAUAGUUUAAUCCACAAAUUCCAGUUGUAUAUAAAGUAUUGUAUUCUUAUGUAAAUACAUUGUAUAAUAAAUGUCCAAACAAAUAGUUUAAUCCAACAUAAUCAAAAUGAGUAACAAAUUUGAAAUUUA